AUGAGGAGAUUUCAUGCAAUGGACUUUUCAAAAGAUAUAAUUUUUGUUGACUCAAGUGGGUCAUGUGACCAAACAAAUACAGUUGUUACAUUUUUUUUUGGAUCAUCCAAAAUUGGGGGCAUACCUAUGGGCGUGGUUCUUUAUACUGGUCAAAGCCAGGACAAUUAUACGUCAGCAUUUGAACUUCUUAAAAAGCUUAUUGGCCCUAAUGGAUUUAAUGGAAGGGGUGAACCAAACGUGAUUAUGACGGAUGAUAGCAUUGCAGAGAGAAAAGCAUUGCAAGCAUGUUUUCCAAAAUCAACCUUGCUCUUAUGUACAUUCCAUAUUUUACAAGCAGUUUGGCGGUGGCUUUGGAACAGUAGUCACCAAAUCCAUAACAAUGAUCGAAAACAUUUAAUAAAUAUAUUUAGAAAAGUUAUGUAUGCCACAAAUGAGAAGGAAUGUAUGAAAGAAAUGAACAAUCUUAAAAUGGAUAGUUGUUCAAAAAAAUAUAUUAAUUAUUUAAAUUACGUAGAAAAAUUAUGGAAAAGAAAGACGGAAUGGUGUUUGUGUUUUCGUUCUAAAUUGGCAAUAAGAGGGAAUAACAAAAAUAAUAUUGUUGAAGCUUCAAUUCGGGUAUUUAAAGACAUUGUACUUGAGAGAUGCAAAGCAUUUAAUAUGUGUGCCUUAGCAGAUUUUAUUAGUACGGUUUUUGAAAGGUAUCAUAAAGUACGAUUAAUUAAUUUUGCUAACAAGCGUACCACAAAAAAUCAACUAUGCUAUUCAAAAUUUGUCCAUGCUGCAAAAACUUUAGUUAUAAUAAGUUAA